UUGUUUGUAAUGUUUCUACCACUAUUUUGACGGAUAGCCACAUUUGAUCAAAAUGGACCCUUCGUGUUAAUUUUUUUUUUCAACUAAAUAACUACAUCUGAUGAGUAUUUAUCUUCUAAUUCAGAUAUUGUCUAUCCAUCCAUCUGAAAGUCCUCAUUCUAUGUAUCCCCCUAAAGCCUGAUGCUUAAUUUAAACCUCCAUUGAUUGCAUCAGAGACCUUCCGAGUUUUUCUUAUAAUGGCAUCUCCAUUGGAGGUAGGAGCACAAGGAACCAUUGGAUUCCUCAUCUCACAAGAGAUUGAAUACUUCAGAAAAGUAGAUGUUGGUGACUGGAAGAGCUCACAGCGAAUCAAAUCAUUGAAGAUGACAGAUGAAGCUUCAGAAGGCAAAUGUUUCGAACUGAAAGAGGAAUCUGAUGCCGGUAAUAUCAAGAAGAAGAAGACGAGGAAGAAGAAGAAAGUAAAAGAAGGAAAAUAUUUUCCUUCUAUUUGCUCGGCAAUUGGCAUUUCUGAAAGUACUAUCAUAUCACAAAGCAGAAUUUUUCUGCAGAAGUAGGCAAAGAAUAACUUGUUCCUAUUGCGGUUUAUAAUUUGCAUUUCAGGUGUCAGCCUUCAGAUAUAAAAAGUAAGCGUUUUCUUAAUGGUUUUGAUGAAUUAUAGGCUUCACAUGGAUGUGUUGAGAGAAGAAUGUUUGUUUCUGUAAUGUGAGCAUAUUUUCUUAGUUUCAAUAAUAUUGAGAAUUCAGACA